UCCGUUCCCCAAUUCGAAAUCGAAUCGGGUCCGACGGGUCGGUCUUGCCGUGCGUGCGUGGCUGCGCGAGCGACUCGACUGCACCCCCGCUCCUCCCAGUCCCCACACACUGCGCGCCGCCGCCGGGUCCUCCUAGGGUUUCGCCGCGAUGUCGCUCCGGCCGAGCGAGCGGGAGCAGAUGCGGAAGGGCAACUACAAGCAGACGGUAGACGCGGAGGAGAGCCGCCGCCGCCGCGAGGGCCAGAUGGUGGACAUCCGCAAGGCCAAGCGCGAGGAAAGCCUCCAGAAGAAGCGCCGCGAUGGGUUUCCCGCCUCCGCCGCCGGUGUGCCGCCGAUGGGCCACUCCACCGCGCUCCAGCAGAAGCUCGAUGGCUUGCCGGCGAUGGUGCAGGCCGUCCACUCCAACGACCCCUCCGUGCAGCUUGAGGCCACCACACAGUUCAGGAAGCUGCUUUCUAUAGAGCGUAGUCCCCCAAUCGAAGAGGUGAUCAGCACAGGAGUGGUGCCGCGAUUCAUUGAGUUUCUUACACGUGAGGACCAUCCCCAACUCCAGUUUGAGGCUGCAUGGGCACUCACCAACAUUGCAUCAGGCACAUCAGAGAACACUAAGGUGGUGGUUGAGAGUGGUGCUGUGCCCAUCUUUGUCAAGCUACUCAACUCCCUCAGCGAGGAUGUUCGUGAACAGGCUGUAUGGGCUUUAGGUAAUGUUGCUGGUGACUCCCCAAAGUGCCGUGAUCUGGUACUUGGUCAUGGUGGGCUAUACCCUUUGCUGCAGCAGCUUAAUGAGCAUGCUAAGCUUUCGAUGCUUAGGAAUGCUACAUGGACUCUCUCCAACUUCUGUCGGGGGAAGCCACAACCAAACUUUGAUCAGGUCAAACCAGCAUUGCCAGCACUACAGCACCUUAUUCACUCUCAGGAUGAGGAGGUCCUAACUGAUGCCUGCUGGGCGCUCUCAUACUUGUCUGAUGGGACUAAUGAUAAAAUCCAAGCUGUUAUUGAAUCUGGCGUGUUCCCUCGCCUUGUGGAACUUCUGAUGCAUCCUUCGGCCUCUGUACUCAUUCCAGCUCUUCGCACGGUGGGUAACAUUGUAACUGGGGAUGACAUGCAGACUCAGUGUGUCAUUGACAAUCAAGCACUUCCAUGCCUUUUGAAUCUUCUGACUACCAACCACAAGAAAAGCAUCAAGAAAGAAGCAUGCUGGACGAUCUCAAACAUCACAGCUGGUAACAAGGAGCAGAUUCAGGCUGUGAUCAAUGCAAAUAUAAUUGCACCUCUGGUGCAACUCCUGCAAACUGCUGAAUUUGACAUCAAGAAAGAAGCAGCCUGGGCAAUUUCAAAUGCCACUUCUGGUGGCACACAUGAUCAGAUCAAGUACCUUGUUGCCCAGGGUUGCAUUAAGCCACUCUGUGAUCUGCUUGUUUGCCCGGAUCCCAGAAUCGUAACAGUUUGCUUGGAGGGUCUCGAGAACAUCCUGAAGGUUGGCGAGGCAGAGAAAAACCUUGGUGCAGGUGAUGUCAAUGUCUAUGCACAGAUGAUUGAUGAUGCUGAGGGCCUGGACAAGAUUGAGAACCUGCAGAGCCAUGACAACACCGAGAUAUAUGAGAAGGCUGUGAAGAUGCUGGAAUCCUACUGGCUGGAGGAGGAAGAUGAUGCCAUGCCCUCAGGCGACAAUCCCCAGAAUGGCUUCAACUUUGGGAACCAGCCCUCUGUUCCAUCAGGUGGAUUCAACUUUGGCUGAAGAUGCCCAUUUGGAAUGGCCGCUGUGCCAUUAUGCCUUGGCUAGUGCUCUGGGCUAGUCAGAGGUGUGGGGUAGCGGCGUCAACCAAGUCAUGGUUGAGUCCCAUUGGUCUGGUCUCAGGGAGUUGUCAUGUCAGUCCCAGUCAGCAGGGUCAGUCCUUGGGCUGCAUUACCAGUGGUGCAGCUUGGUCGGUGGUCAGUCUUGAAGGUCAGCCGGUUGGAUCAUUUGGGCUCUUGCUCCCACCAGCACCACCUCUGGUGGGAGGCAUCAGGCAUGGAGUCGCGGGUGUUGUCGGGAGUUGGGUUUUGCCUCCUAUACAGCAUAAAUGAAUUAUAUUGUUUUACCUGUUGGUAGAAAGAACCUUGAAAGAUAGGGAACGUGUCGUUUUUUGUCAAAGCGGUUCCUGUGCUGUAUAACAUGUUGCAUGAGUAUUGGCGCAACUUAUAAGACAAUGUCAAAUGGGUUUUUGGGAGUCCCAUUCUGGUUUCUUGAGUCUUCUUCAUUGGUCUAUUGUGUAACAUGUACACAGGUUUGUGGUUCGUCUUGUCUUGUCUGUUGUAUUUGCCACCGUUGUCUGGAAGUUGUUGCAUGCUUAUCUAGAACAGCAGUAUACCAGGGUUAAUUCUGUG